AUGCAAGGUCCUGAUGAGAACGCUCGGUCAAGGGAGGAGGAUGAGAAGCAGAGCUCCGAAAAGCUCAUGGCCAGUGACAGAGACUCUCACGUUGACACUGGGCCCGGGAACAUGGAAGGCGGCCCCGACGGCCCCCAGAGCGGCAAAGAUGACGGGCCAAGCUCCAACUCAACCCAAGCAAGUCAAUGCCGACACACAUUGCUGGACCACCCAAGUGAUGUCUACGCGGCAAUCUUCUCCUUUGACUGUGAGCUGGUGGCAUCCAGUUCUCAAGGAGAUAAUUUGAUCCGAAUCUGGGAUGUCACGACAGGUCAAUGCCGAAAGACAUUCCAAGCCGGCAACAAGGGUCAAGAUUUAAUAGCAUUGUCGUCGUCCACAUCAAGGCUAUUGAUAUCGACACUCAAUCAUGACAAGAUCAAGAUCUGGGACGCCACGACGGGUCAGUGUCAGCAUACUAUUGAGAACCACGGCGAUCCGUUCUGUUCGGUGGUCUUCUCUCCUGACUUUGGGCUGAUGGCGGCAAGCUCAGAUGGUAAUGAUCUUGUUCGCAUCUGGGACGCCACCAGAGCCCAACUUCAGCGCGCCUUUGAGGGUCACCAAGAUUCUAUCCACACGAUAGCCUUGUCGUCUGAUUCGAGGUUGGUAGCAUCGGGUUCAAGAGAUAAGACGAUUAGGGUAUGGGACGCUACAACCGGUCAGCACCAAUGGACCCUCAUUGGCCAUGAAGGAGCCAUCAGCUCGGUCGUAUUCUCGUCCGAUUCUAAGCUGCUUGCAUCGACCUCGGAAGAUCAGUGUAUCAAGAUCUGGGACGUCGCAACAGGCCAGUGUAGGCAGACGCUGCGAUGCAGCAGCAGCAAUAGUGGUUCCAUCGUCUUCUCGUUUGGUGCAAACUUGGUGGCAUUUCCGACGUAUCGCAACAUUCAGAUCUGGGACAUUGCAACGGGUCAAUGCCAACAAACGCUCAACAACCCCAAUGGUUAUAUUGAUUCACUUGUCUUCACACCCACUCGUCGCCUGAUGGCGUUGGAACUAGAUGGGCAAAUCAUCAAGCUCUGGAGUUCCUGACAAAAGUUUCCUAGUUUUUAGCAGCCAUUGCAGUCACCCAUAUAACUUCAUCCAUAAAUCUAUUUUUACUAUACUCAUAUGGAUGAUUGAUAAGAAAAGAAGCUGCC